GACGUAUAGAAGAGAAACAGUCACUUCUCCUCUUCACAGAGCUUCACUUCCAUUGAGAGUCUCUCCCAGGCCACGAGGCGUUUCCUGCUCUCAACCUAGUUCCUAACUGUCAGAGGUUUUAAGACUCCGCAUUGAAAAUGCAAACUCAGUCGCCGAUGGUCAUUGUGAGUCAACCUAACCAAGUGAUAGUCCAGAACUCCAACUGGCAGACCGGCUUGUGUGAUUGCUUCAGUGACUGUGGAGUCUGUCUCUGUGGCACGUUCUGCUUCAUAUGCCUUGGCUGUCAAGUUGCAUCUGACAUGAAUGAAUGCUGUCUGUGUGGAACAAGCGUCGCCAUGAGGACACUCUACCGGACCCGAUACGGCAUCCCGGGAUCUCUUUGUGAUGACCAUAUGAUGACAUUUUGCUGUCCUCAUUGUACUCUUUGCCAAAUCAAGAGAGAUAUCAACAGAAGGAAGGCCAUGAAUGCUUUCUAAAAAACUGAUGGUGAAGAGCUCUUUUGAAGCAACCAAAAUUAGCAGGUGCCUCUUCAGUUUGAAUUCUUUUCCACCUUUUGCAAUUGAAAUACGAUGGAUGUGUUUAAUUGUUGACAUGAAAAAAAAAUCAAAUUUGUGAUUUAUUUUAAAUGAAUGUUGUCCUUUAGUUUUGCUAAGUGUCCCGCAUAGUUUCCCCUUGCUUUCAAGUUACCAAAUUUUCUAGCUUACAAAUUUUUAAAAUUACAUUUAAAAUGCAAACCAAAUAAAAGAUUUUACUAACAAGA